AUGGUAUCCAACACAUUCUACGAAGGUACACGGGCUGAGUUUGUGCACGCCCUUAGGAUUUUGAAUGCCAAAUUCCAAGCACUCGAGUGCAAUCCAGUCUUUAAAUUUGCUACCAGUAUUAGCAAUGAUGGAAUGAAUGGCAGCGAUAGUGAUACCUCCUCAGUCACCUCAAACUCAAGCGCAACCACCGAUUCAUCUACUUUCACCAAUUUAACAAAAGAAGGUGACUUAGAACCCCUGCCUCUGUGGAAUCAAAUCUCUUUUCCUAUGGAGCGCAUCAUAGAGCGUGUCCCGUGGGAAGAGUUCAUUGCGUAUUGGAAAAGACAAGUUUGGUAUGAUGAAGAGAAACUUUGGACGGAGUUUGGAUUACGGACGUUAAAGCCUUGUGUUGAGACGGAAGAACAACAUAAGUAUAAUAAGGUCAUGAGGUGUAUUACUUGUAAUACCCAGCUUUGUGAGGUACAUGUGAAUUUAUGUAUUUUCCUUGAAGGUUUCUCGUCCCUGCUGUCGUUCCGUUUGUGAUCUUUAUUAUGUUGUUGAUCUUUAUCAUAUAUUAUUAUCCUUGGCGACCUUUCCAGCUGAUUCUCCCCUCUUCACUUAUCUCUUCUCAUCGAUCCAAUGCAUCCUUUCAUUUCGCGAGGCUAAAACCAUUCCAUAGUCCUGUGCGCAAAGUAUCACGAACCAUAUUCAUGGAUACACUCGAGCAGAUCAAGAGCAUGCAAUUCCUGCCCCUCGCGUGUCCUACCCCUGUGAUUUAGAUGGCUGCAAGGAUAUGCCAUAG